AACGGCAGGAAAGCAAACCCGUGGUCUUUGUAGUUCAACUCUCUUUGGUUUCUGCGGGAUCCGAAAAUCAAGAAUGGGUCAACUGUGUGCAAAGUGUGCCCAGCUGCUGUAUGACCUUGUUCUCUCAGUGAGAACAUUCUCCUCCAAUUUGGUGCAGGAUGUUAAGGAGUGUUUGACUCAGAUCCGUGACUGCUCUUGCUUAAAACAAAUGAAGGCUGAGGACAGGCAGCUCUACAAGCCUACUCUUCGUGAAGAAGUGAUUGCCCAGGAGUUUCUGCAGCACAUUGAAAGAGGUUUUGAAAUAUCCCCACUCGAUGAACUCUCCUUAUCUGCUCUGAAGACACUGGCAUUUUCUGAGAACUCUGAUUCGCAAAAGUCAGCUUCUCUGUUUUACUUACAUAUAAGUCAACACUUGAACACCCAGCUACUUACAGAGCAUUUGGAAACAUACUAUGCUUUGCUGAAGUCUAAUGACUUGGAGGUUCAGCAGAUUUCAUCCUUGUCACUUGUCACUUUCUUACUCAAAGGAAAUGUACCUAAAGAACAUGUGAUCCAAAUGGAUUUAUUGGAGCCGAUUCUUGAGUUGCUUGAGUCCAGUGAUGCCACAGUCCAGUGUAAUUCCUGUGCCUGCAUAAUGAUACUUGCUGUCUCAGAUACAAACCGAGAGGCCAUUGCUUCUGCAGGAGGAGUUGUACCUUUACUUACUCUUUCUAAAUCUUAUGAUCCUAGAGUCCAACAAUAUGCAGUUGGAGCCAUUUUCAACCUCACACAAUCAGAAUGGGUCCAGCAAAUGUUGUGUCGACAAGGAGCUCUCCCUGUUCUCACCCUUUUGUUGGAGUCUUCUGAUUCAGAAGUCCAGUACUACAGCUGUGCCGCUCUAAGCAACAUGGCAGCAAACUCUCAGCAUCAUGAAGUCAUUCUGCAAACUGGGGACCAGUCUCUUCUACAGGUGCUCCUUUCUCUACUCUCUUCUCCAGUGGACAAGGUUUCAAACCAGGCUUGUGUUUGUCUCAGGAAUUUAGUCACAAGUGAGAGUGUUCAGACCAGCCUGAUUGCUAUGGGCAUCCUGCCCCACCUGCUCUCGCUCCUUGAUUCAAACAAUAUCGAGGUUCAACAGAAUUCCAUUAUUCUCCUCCGGAUGCUAUCCCAACACACAGCCAACCAGGAUGCACUAGUGGGACAUCAAGUGUUGCAGAGUGUGGGAAGACUGCUGAUAGUCAGGAAAACUGAUCCAGUGAUUAUUGGUCAUGCUUCCUGUUUCAUCAAAAAUCUAAAUUCUCCCAAGAGCAUAAUGGGAGUCAUAGAAAGUUCAUGUGUUGAAGGACUUCUUCAGGCUAUCCACGGAGCUGAGUAUCUCGAUGAGGAAUCUCUCCACUGUGUGACAUCCUGUCUUGGCGAACUGGUAAAACAUGAAGGAGGUUCCCUGCGCAUCCUGGAAUUGACAGAUGAACUGCUGUUAAGUUGCCUUCUGAGACUGGCAGGCCAAGUGGAACAAACGGAACCUUCCUUUCAAACUGCCAUCAUGAUCAAGCACCUCAUACAGCAUGGGGAGGUGAUGCAUCUGCUGAAAUCCCACAUUAGCAAGAUUCAGCAGUACCUCAUGAAGUAUCUUACCCACCAAGAGACUCGCUUUCAGCAGCUGGGUAUAUCCACACUUUGUCUAUUACAGAAAGAUUCAGAGUUUUCAUCAGCAUUCAGCCAGAGCCAGCUGAAGGAACACCUUGAUCAAAUCUGCCAACAAACUGAAGAAAUGCAAGAGCUUCUCAGAAUGGCUGUAGGCAACAUUUUUAUGCGUGUACCAUCAAGUCACAGUUGACUUAUAGCAACCCCAUAGUUUUCAAGGCAAGAGACAUUUGGAGCUGGUUUGCCAUUGCUUGCCCCUGACUGGUAUUCCUUGGAGACCCUCCCUCCAAACACUAGGACUGAGUGUGUGUGGCUGGUCCAAGGCCACCCAGCAAGCUUCCAUUGGAUGAGUGUGGACUUAAACUUGGAGUUCCCAGGUCCUAGUCCAACAACUUAAUCACUACACAACCCUGGCUUUUGUAGGCAAUGUGGACCUAUGAGAAUGCAGGUCUUGAACUAACCCACAGGUCCUCUUCUGAGCCCUGAGGGUUUGGUGUGGGAACAUAAGGUGGACAUCACUUCUCUGCUGACUUUCCUUUCAGGGCCUACAUGUCUCCCAUUGCUCACAGAAUCUCUCUUGGCAGUCAGCCAAUCACAGGCCAACUGGGCAGGCCCUGAAGUCAGUUGGGCCAGGGGACCUCAUAGUGAAACAUUUCCCUCAGGUCUGCUGCCCUGCUUAUAAGGAGGCCCUGCUACACCACCUCCUCACUCUGCUCUGGGUUUUCCCCUCCCUCCUUCAUUCUCAGUUGUUUAUGGCUUUGUUCUAUUCAAUUUGCUGUAUCUGUGUGUGCCUCUUGUCACAACUUUGGCAGUUUGGGCCUUAGUCUGGAUCCAGUGUUGGGGAGAACUGAGUUGGUGUGCUGAUCAUUCCUAGUCAGGGUUCCUGUUUAGGGACCUUGGGGGCAGAGGCUUGCAGUAAGUAUGCCCAGUGCAAUUGCUGUUAAUCACCAUGCCCCCAGGCUUCAGGGAGAACACAUAGUGGCUUGUGCCCAUGUGCAUCCAGUCUCAUCUGCCACUUCCAGAGCAUUCCCCUCAGCGGGUGGGUUGAGGGAUGGGGUUUUUCAUUGGUCAGCAGUGGGUCUGUCGAAUACCAAUUUAUCUGUCCAAUUGUGGAUCCAACAGCACAUGCCAAGCCAAACCUCUUCAGCUGUUAUUAAUAAAUGUUGCGAUUCUUUUACACCCCAAUAAGUAUGUCAUAUCUGUGCUUUAUCCUUCCCCCUACUCUUGCAGAUCCGUUUACUGCUGAGGCCACAAAUUGUUCUGCUCUGCAUUCAUAUGAUUUUUGAGAGAGGUAGAAUGGAUGUUUAAAUGUCAGAGGCUUGAAUUCCAAUGAUGAAGAUCCUUUGUGGCCACCUCAUAGCUUCAUGUUGGACAGCUUGUUUGGGAUAUAAGAGUCUUACAUGCUGUGUCUCUGAGAAGGCCCAGAGCCAGCCUGUGCAUAAUGCAAUUCUUCCUCUGGGAUGGACACAAAGGAGUGAUUCACACAGGCAUGUUUUAAUGCUUGAUUGCUUAACACUCAGUUUGCUGAUGGCUGUGUGAAUAGACUCCACUGGAAAACACUGAGGUGAAAUGUUCUCUCUGUGAAGUUUGAUCAUUACUGCUUAUGUGAACCAGCUGUAAUGAUAGUCCUCCCUCCCUCCCUCCCUCCCUCGCUUUUUUUGUACAUGUGCAGGCUGCAGCUUUUCAUCAUCAUGGCUGAGUCAUUUCAAAACUGAAAAUGCCCAUACUGGCAGAUUUGUCAGCCCAGGAUCAGUUUUGACAGCAUGCAGUUCAUUGAAGUAGGCAAAUAACAAAUGCACAACACACUUUUCAUACACUGUAAUGGUCUUACAGCCAUGAAUGACUGCCAAAAGGGUUUGGAAUCUGGCACCAUUCUUGUCCACAGCAUCUGAAUAAUCUGCUCCCAAAGAGCAAAUAAAUAGUAGAUGCUUCCCAAGUGAAAAUGUCAUAAAAAUUGUAUUAAAAUUGACAGUUCUAGAAUGAAAAAUGUGCUAGCUGGUAGUAUUAAGGGCUGCCUGUUUGUUUACACAUGAACACCAAGUUUUUCAGUCUUUCACUUUCACCAUUAGGAUUGUAUUACAUAACCAUGAGUGUGAUUUUUUUGGGCACUUGAGAUCAGCUAGCUUGCCUUCUCCAAGCUUUAAUAAAAAAUGUUUCUCAUCUUUCCAAAAUAUUACACCCUGGAUGAUUUUAAAUAAAAUUUAUGCAUUUAAGAAGACCAGGCAAAGCUCCUUGUUAUCCAUACUCACAGUAUGGCCCCUGUCUCCCAAUUGAUGUUGUAUAGAUAAUGCUUGGCAAAGAGCA